UAUAUUUGAGAAAGGAAAGUGAAACUUUGGUGUUCAGGUGCUGUUGACUGCGUCUCUGUAUUUGUCCAGUCAGUAAAAUGGCAGAAGCGAAUCUUUCAGUGUCUCAGGAUCAGUUCAUCUGUUCAAUCUGUCUGGAUUUACUGAAGGAUCCAGUGACCAUUAACUGUGGACACAGUUACUGUAUGAGCUGUAUUACAGACUGCUGGGAUCAGGAUGAUCAGAGAGGAGUUUAUAGCUGCCCUCAGUGCAGACAGACCUUCACUACAAGACCUGCUUUAGGGAAGAAUGUGGUGUUUGCUGAUAUGGUGGAGAAACUGAAGAAGACAAAACUUCACACUAAUCGAUCUGAUCUCAGUUUUGCUGGACCUGAAGAUGUGGAGUGUGACGUCUGUACUGAGAGAAAAUACAAAGCUAUCAAGUCCUGUCUGGUGUGUCUUGAAUCUUACUGUCAAACUCACUUUGAACAACAUGAAGCUUUUCGCACAGGAAAACGACACAAAGUGAUUGAUGUGACAGGAAGACUUCAGGAGAUGAUCUGCUCUCAACAUGACAGACUCUUUGAGGUUUACUGCCGCACUGAUCAGAGAUGUAUUUGUUUGCUUUGUACGAUGGAUGAACAUAAAAAUCACGACAAUAUAUCAGCAGCAGCAGAGAGAACUGAGAAACAGAGACUACUGGAGGACAACCAGAGCAAACUCCAUCAGAUAAUCCAACAGAAAGAGAAGGAGCUUCAGGAUCUAAGAGAGGCUGUGAAGAUUCACACGAUCUCUGCAAAGACAACAGUGAAGGACACUGAAAGGAUCUUUACUGAACUGAUCAGAUGCAUUAAGAGAAGACGAUCUGAGGUGAUACAACUGAUCAGAGAUCAGGAAAAGACUGCAGUGAGUGGAGCUGAAGAACUACUGAAGAAACUGAAGCAGGAGAUUGAUGAUCUGAGGAGGAGAAAUGAUGAGAUGAAGAAACUUUCACAAACAAAAGAUCACAUCAGUUUCCUUCAGGGUUUCCAGUCUCUCUCUUCAUCUCCUGGAUCGACAGACAACAUCAUUGUUAGUUUUCUCUCUUUUGAUGAUGUGAGGAAAUCUGUCACUCAACUGAAAGAAAAGAUGGAGGAUUUCUGUGAAGAAGAGAUUGAAAAGAUAUCUAGUAAAGUUACAGACAUUGAAAUUAUUCCCAUCAAUGGACCCAAGACCAGAGCAGAGCUGACACAAUAUUUCAGUCGGUUCUCUCUGGAUCCAAACACAGUAAGUGGAUAUAUCUGUCUGUCUGAGGAGAACAGAGCAGCUACUCGCACUGACACAGAUCAGAAGUAUCCUGAUCAUCCAGACAGAUUUGAUCAUUAUCCUCAUGUGUUGUGUAGAGAGAGUUUGUGUGGACGCUGUUACUGGGAGAUUGAAUGGAGUGGGGAUGAAGGUGUGGAUAUAUCAGUGUCAUAUAAGAGCAUCAGCAGGAAGGGAGAAGAUGAUGAGUGUGCAUUUGGAUGUAAUGAUCAGUCCUGGAGUUUAGGCUGCUCUCCAUCUGAAUCCUCAUUCUGGCACAAUAACAUAGAGACAAAUCUCCCAGUAGUGUCCAGUUCUUGUAGAUUAGGAGUUUAUGUGGAUCACAGUGCAGGAAUUUUGUGUUUCUACAGCGUCUCUGACACAACAAUCCUCAUCCACAGAGUCCACACCACAUUCACUGAACCUCUUUAUCCUGGGUUUGUGUUAGGUGAGAGCUCAAAAGUAAAACUGUGUGAUCUAACAUUAUAAAUGAUACAUUAUUUGAUACUGGUUUAUAUACACAAUGUGAUUUGACAAAUCAAAAAGCGAAAUCUAAAUUAAAAUCUAUAUAUGUUCAAUUAUAGAUUUGGGGAGUAACAGAUUACAUGUAACAAUGUUAUAGAGAUGCAAAACAGGUAACUGCAAUUAAGAUAGAAAAUAUUAAGAUUUCAUUAUUUAUAUUGGCUUUAAGAUAUUUCUCUCUAGAUGGGCUGUGUACCUUAUAAGCUUGAACAUUAAAACACAUAAAAAGCAACAUCUUUGUAUCAUCAGAUGUUUUUUUUCCCAUUUAUUUCAUGAUGUUAAUAAGGAGUAUAAACGGUAUACAGUACAAAUACUGUCAUAUUAUAACAAUGUUCUUGAGUUGUUGAGAUGGUUUGUUAUAACUUAUUAUGAUUAAAUAUUUUACUGAAAAUCUUGUCUUUAUAAUUCUUUUUGUCUUGUAUUUUAUUCUUAAAGUAAAUCUCUGCAUUUGA